AAGAAUGCCAAAUCUACGGGGCAGUACUAACUGCUAAUACGAUUUAGUGGCGCGGGAGCCACCGCUUGAGAUGGCCGUUUCUUGGGUCUCUGUGGCCUUCCUGGCUGCUACCGCGCUCGGGGCUUCUAUAGGACUAUCCUUCCUUCCAUACCGGACGCCAUCAUUGGAAACGACGAUAAAAUCGAAUCGAAUUAUGCGGAUUCUGAAACGUGUAUCUGCGGAAAAACUAAUAAUUGAGAAAUCGAUUUGUGGAAAAGUAUGGGCCACGGUUCAUUCGCCAGCUAUUCGUUUGGGCGUCGGACGAAAUCUACUUGACGCUAUCGAACUUAACUGGGACUUCAGUUCCUGCGCUAACUUCCCUAAUCAGAUCGGUCUUUUCGAUAGCAGGCCAACAUCAUGGGACAACGCGCUCGCAGUGUUCCCAAUAGAAACCAUCUACGGUCACAUAGUAACAAACAUAUCUUUGGGCGAGCCUGACUUACCAGCUGGUUGGCAAUCAGGUGGAGGUCUACGAGGACCCCACUGCUUAUGGCCCUGGGUUGGGGCUGGUGACCAGUAUAUAACUACUUUUAAUUGUUUGAAAAUACAGCCUACUUGGAUGGAAGAUUAUGGAGACAAGAUAAAUAAACUCCGCAUUGGUGAGCUAGCGAUCGCCGGCACACAUAACGCGGGCGCUUGGCGCUUCGAAACAGAGAUAAGUACAGUCUCCAGAGACAGCUUCGUGCUCUGCCAAGACCGGUCUAUAUGGGCACAGCUUGUUUACGGCAUCAGAUACUUCGAUUUCAGAAUCGCGUACUACGACUUCUAUCCGCGACUUGAAGAUAGGUACUGGCUUAACCAUAACUUAAUUCGAGUCCGUCCACUUUUACCUCUCUUACGAGAAAUAAAAGCCUUCUUAGACUUAACAAAAGAGGUAGUGUUCCUAGACGCUCAUCAUUUCCCAGUGGGUUUCUACGACCCAAAUGGGGCUCCAAUUAGAUCAGUUCACGCGGGUUUGCUCGAACUAAUGCAUAGAGAGUUGGGGCCCCACAUCGCUACAGCGACUCAGUACCAUACUGGGGCCGGUACUAGGGGCCCCACAUUGCAAACUCUUAUUGAUAACGAUAAGCGUUUAAUCUUCAGCUAUGUAGAUAAUACUAUUGUAGCAGAAAAUAACUGGUUGUGGCCAAUUCUACCUCACUUGUGGGCUAAUACAAACAGUCCUACAGAACUUUUGAAGUACUUAGAUCGCGCAAUAGGUACCUCUCCACAGCCAUCAGCCCGUUCACCAAUGUUCUCCGCGAUGGCUCAAACGACACCCACUGUACUUGACAUCCUCUUCUUGAGAGGCUCCUUACGUGAAAAUGCAGACGCAGUUAAUAGAAAUAUUACCCAUCGACUCGCAACGCUCUGGAGGCAUCAAGCUAACAUCGUGUCUACGGACUUCUUCCUGGCCAAUGAUGUCGUCGAUUUGUCGAUACAGAUUAGCGUAGAGCGCUCUAACAAAUUAUGACGUCACGACUUGUCGCGGCACGGUGGACUUUUCUUAGAUUUUAAAUACACACACACCAAAGCAUUGAUAUAUCGCUCCCCUUGGCUUCCGAUUGCGCCACAAACUCGGUAUCAGUUUAAAACCCCCAGUUUACGGGGUCAAUUGGUAUAAAUCGUUACUAAUCGAAGAUAUCCGCUGACAGAUCGAGUCACUGCCAUUACCAUAGGGUCAGUGUGAAAUAGUGAGAUAAUUUAACUUAUUUGUAGUAGGAAUCAUAUGCUAGUCUACAUUCCCUUUACAUAAGGAGAAUUAUAAUAUUAAAUGUAAAUAAAUAUUUACCACA